ACGCACACGAACAACCAUGUCGGACUCUCGAUUCGACGCACUCCAAAAGGACCCUCGCUAUCGUCUUCCAUCACGAAAAGAUGCGCGCACGUCGGUUGAUCCGCGCUUCAAAAGUCUCUUGACAGACCAGGAAUUUCGCAAAAAGGCCCACGUCGAUCGUUAUGGCCGCAAAAUCAAGCUGGACAGCGAGAAGAAGCACGACAAGAAGAAGUCAAAAGUAAAGGAGCGAGAGGUGGUGGGAAGCAGUGAGGAAGAAGACAGCGAGGCAGACAGUCAUGAGAGUGACGAGGAGGAAGAAGAAGAAGAGAUCACGAAAACUAGAGAUCCAGCCCGUGAUGGAGGUUUUGACGAGUCCUCGUCCAGCGAAGAGGAGACUUCAGAUGAAGAAGACAGCGAUGUGGAAGAGGCAGACGAGGAGGCCGACUUGGCCGAUGCGACUGCGGGACAGGAACAGACUGAGGACAUUCCCAUGGGCGAAGUCACGAAGCGGAUUGCCUGCGUAAAUCUGGACUGGGACAAUAUCCGCGCUGCGGAUAUCAUGGCCGUGGCGAGCAGCUUCUUACCUGCGAGUGGGAAAGUCGAGAGUGUCAUAGUGUAUCCAAGUGAGUUCGGGAAGGAGAGAUUAGAGAGGGAACAGCUGGAGGGCCCGCCGAGGGAGAUUUUCGCAUCGAGUAAACGAAAAGUAGAAGAGAAGGAGGAGGAGGAGGAGGAAGAUGUGGAAGAGGAGGACAGCGAAAGUGAGGAUGACGAGAAGGUCAAGGAGAGGUUGUUGAAGCAGCAGGCGAGCGAGGGAGAAGAGUUCGAUACUGCAAAGCUGAGACAGUACCAGCUAGAACGGCUCCGAUACUACUAUGCCGUGAUCGAGUGUUCAGACGAGGGUACAUCCAAGCUGCUUUACGAUGCGAUGGACGGGCGGGAAUAUCUGUCGACGUCCAACUUCUUCGAUCUGCGCUUCAUUCCCGACGACACAUCCUUCGACGACGACGAAGUACACGAUGAGUGCUUGCAGCUUCCACAAGGAUACAGACCAAACGACUUUCGAACAGAAGCACUCACACACUCAAAGGUACAACUCACAUGGGACCAAGACGAUGCCACUCGCAAAGAGGUUCAGAAACGGGCUUUCUCGCGAGCCGAAAUGGACGACAACGACAUGCAAGCAUACAUUGGCUCCGACGACAGCGACGCAGACAGCACUUCCUCCCGCAUGUCAGUGGCAGAGAAGAAGAAAGCCGCCAAGCGAGCUUCUCUCCGAGCCGCACUGGGUUUAGGAGCGGAACCGACCAAACCCUCCAAAAAAGGUGACGACAAGGGAGAAGUGGGCGAAAUACAAAUCACCUUCACAUCCGGUCUCAGCAACGCCAACUCCAAAGAUCGAGGCCAAGUCUUUGAAAAUGAACCGCAGGAUGAAGAGUCCACAAGACAGAGAUAUAUCCGCAAAGAGAAAGACCGCAAACUCAAACGGAAACAACGUAUGAAAGCUCGAGCCAACGGCGAAGUCGUCGAUGGCUCUGAUAUCGAAGAAGAGAAUCCUCAAUCUGCUGCCGCGACUACGAGCGCCAACAACAACGACCGUGCCGACUCGGAAGAUGCAGAAGAAGAUCCCUUCAACGACCCCUUCUUCAACGAUCCCACCCUCGCCGCCAAAAACGAAAAAGCCGCCAAAAAGGCCUCUCGCGAAGCCAAACGCGCCGCCCGCGAAGCCGCCGCCGUCGAAGCCGAAAGCCGCAAAGCCGAACUUGAACUCCUCAUGGCAGGCGAUGACGAUAACGGUGACGGAGGAGCAGCCCAACAUUUCGACAUGCGAGAAAUUGAAAAAGCAGAGAAAUUAGCUCGCAAAAAGGGCAAAGGGAAAAAACAUCUCAAGAAGACUACUACUGCUGGUGCUGCUACGCCUGAUGAAUUCCAAAUCGAAACUGAAGAUCCUCGAUUCGCAGCAUUAUUCGAAAGUCACGAGUAUGCGAUUGAUCCGACGAGUUCGAAAUUUAAGAAAACGAGAGAAAUGGAGAGGUUGUUGGAGGAAGGGAGGAAGAAGAAGAGGAAGGAGAGGUAUGGUGAUGGUGAUAACGGGGAUGGGGAGGAUGGGCCGCCGAUGGAGAGGGAGAAGAAGAAGAAUAAAAGAGUCAAGGUUGAUGCGGAUGGUACUACGACUGGUGGGGUGGAUGAUGUCAAAGGUCUUGUGGCGAGGUUGAAGAGUAAGAGUAAGGGCAUGAAGAAGUGAAUAAGGGGUUUGAACUGGAAGUGGGUGGUAUAGCUAGCUAGCUGCUGGCUUGUGGACGCUGGAAGAAGACUUGGG